CGGCGUUUCGUGUUCUCGCAAGCUUCGCAUGACGUUCUUUGGAUCACGGCUCCAAUCGUUCCUGUUUCGUCGCUUCUAUGAUACCCAUGAUAAUGAGGUUCAAGGCAGCAUAACGGCGCAGAAGUGUUGAAUCUGGGCAUUGCCCAAGCAUUGCCUGAUGCGUCGGAGCUUUGUGGACUUCUACAAGGUGCUGGGGGUGUCGCCACAGGCCAGCAGCGCCCUCAUCAAGACGGCUUUCUAUGACCUCGCCAAGCGAUUCCAUCCCGACGCUGGCGGGAGGGAGAGCAGUGCCGCCAAGACCGCAGCCACAGGUGCCAAGAGCCCUCAGGAGCACUUCAAGCUCGUCAACGAGGCAUACCAGACCUUGUCCAAGAACCGGGCGGCUUACGACGAUGAGUAUCGGCAAAACCUGCCUUCGUUCGCGGCUCAGCAGGCUCGUUAUCGAGCCCAGUACCCGCAGAGCAGCCGACCUUCAGAGUCAGCCAGGCCCUCGGCGGCCCAUGGCGGUGAGCAGAGGAGGGGUGGCCAGCAGGGGAGGCGACAGGAAGCUACUCGGCCAUCGUAUGCGCCUCCCGAGGCGGACUAUUUCCACGAGUAUUAUGGGGGCGGUGUGGUCGACAGUGACGAGGAAGAGAGGCACUGGUUCGCAUCGGCCAAACCGCGACGGUGAGCGAAGGCAAGAGGGAAAUGAGAGGGUACACACAGAAUAUAUGGAGCACACGUGUGUGUGUGUGUGUGUGUGUGUUUGACUACAGCAGUGGUCGCGGUCGGGCCCAGCCGCACUCGUUUGCGUACUGGGAGGACGACGUGAGUGACGGCGAAAACGACUGGACCGACGAGAGAGAGUAUCAGGAGUUCUGCAGGUGUGUAUCAAUGGAUCAAUCGCCAUCAAUCGCCGAACACCUACACGGCAUCACACCUUCCUCCCUCCCUCUGUGUGUUCGUGUGUGUGUCAGACGUUUGUGGCAGCAGGAGAGCAGGCGGAAGAAGACCAAGCGGAAACCGCAGCGGCCCGACUGGACACACGGCGACUUUGAGGAGUCAUGGAAGUCAUUCGUCAACAACAGCGGAGAGGCCAACAGCAGCACCACCGGCAGCCAGCAGCCACCACCACACGAACGGCACAAGACGCGGAAGGACAAGGAGAGGGGAGAGAAGGCCGCGUCAUCCGACAGCAAGGCUUCCCCAGAGGAAAACCAGACCGGUUCGCCCGACACAGAUGACGACCGUUGGGGCCACGGCUAUGACUCGGACAGUGACGAUUCGUCCGACGACGAUGAGUGGGUGGGGCGGACGCACCACAGGUCUCGGUCUCGUCCGCGGUACAAGUCGUGGAGCCCGCCGUCAAAGCGGCAGGGCGCGCGCAUCUUCACAGUAGCAAGCAGGAUGAAGACGGAUGGGUCGUGCACCAGCCCGCCGCGGCUCGACCCGCAGUACCAGAAGUGGGGCAACAGGGUCGAACCCGUACUCUUCUUCAGGGAGAAACACAUCAUGGGAUGGUAACCACACACCCACGGCAGCCAGCCAAGGGCCCAGAACACACGAUGGCACGCAGAUGUGUGUGUGUGUGUGUGUGUGUGGUGUGUGUCAGGUUGUCGAUGCACGGGGAGCAUGACCGUCUGUACGGUGUGUUUCGCGACGGGCGGUUCAGCUACUCGCUCGUGUGGAAGAAGGACAACAGGUCGUGGGACCAGCCAAUGUACGAGAUCAGGAGGCAGAAGAAAGGCGGCAGAUGAUCGAGAUCAUCUCUGUCUCUCUCUCAUGGAAGAUGGAUCGAUGGGUGCAAUCAAUUGUGUAUGUGCGGUUUUUGUACAUACAUACAUAUGCAUGCAUGUGUUUGUGUGUACACACAUGACAUGCCUCGGCAAGGCAAGGCAAGGGAUGCGUUUUGG